AUGGAAAAUCCCACAAUUCUCUCAAGCAACAGCAAUGGCGAAAGAAGCAGCGCUUCUAAUUCACCUGAAUUCGAGUUCUGGAUGGUGAGAAACCCAUCCUCCCAACAAACCACCCUCCAUUCCGCCGACGAAUUGUUCUCCGGCGGCAUCCUCCUUCCCCUCCAGCGUCUCAACUCCCAAAACAACGACGACCCACCUGACAAAGAAGAUAUCGCGGUAGAACCCACAAACAAACCUUCAAUUAGCCCUAAUCCAGAUAAUAUUCUCGGAUCCGACCUCAAAACAAAUAUUUCUGCAUCUAAACGAUGGAAAGAUAUUUUCAAAAAAAACCCAGAAAGUAAAGAGGAGAAGAAGAAGAAAGAACGCAACAGUGGUUCCAGCGUCGUUGGUGGUGGUGGAACAAGUACGGCGGAGUUGAAUAUAAAUUUAUGGCCGUUUUCGAGAAGUAGAUCGGCCGGGAACAGUGGGAGUAGACCGCGAACGCUGGUCGUAAACCGGAAAGUUAGUAGCGCCCCUUGUUCAAGGAGCAACUCCACCGGCGAUAAGUAUCGGAAGUGGCCGAGCAGUCCCGGCAGGGGUGGGGUUCACUUGGGCCGGAAUAGCCCAGUUUGUCAAGUCAAACGGUUGGGACAGAGCCGGAGCCUCCACGACACCCUUGUUCGUUCAACUGCCGAAAAAGUCUCCCGUCCGAUCAAAAAGUCAGCCUCCGGUGGAGUUACCACCGGCGCCGGAGAAAGUCGUAAGGUGUUGAACCUUAAUGUUCCGACAUGUAUUGGUUACCGGCAACGAAUGGGUUGUCGGAGCGAUGUGAUUAUAGAUAACGACAGUGGACGGAACGCCGACGUAACGUCGGGAAGUGCCGGCGGUGAAGGUGGAGCUAGCAGUUUGUUUAAUUUGAGGAGUCUAUUUACAAAAAAAGUGUUUUGA